AGCGUUGCUACCGCAGCGCAAGCAACCAAGUAUGAGGCCACCUCACGCAGCGCUCCUCUUGCUCUUCAUCCUAGCGUACUUCCGCGGUGCCUACUCCAAUGGCAGCCGGAGCCGUUUCACAUCCAUAAUCAGCUUCGGCGACUCCUUCGCCGACACCGGUAAUUUGGUCAUGUGGGCUGAUCCCGUCCUUCCGGGUCUACUACUCAAGAACCUCCCCUACGGCGAGACCUUCUUCGGCCACCCCACUGGACGUGCCACCGACGGCCGCCUUGUGCUGGACUUCAUCGCCGAAGCUCUGGGUCUGCCUUUCGUGCCGCCGUACCUUGACAAGGGGGGCAACUUCUCCGCUGGAGUAAACUUCGCCGUGGCAGGAGCGCCGGCUGUAACCCUGCAAUACCUGCAGGGACAGAAUUUGAUCGUGAACCCUCCUAUCAAUAGUUCCCUCUAUGAUCAGCUCGUGUGGUUCCAGAAACUGAAGCCUUCGCUCUGCAAGGGUCGACAAGGUACUGAUUGCUUCGGGAGCUCCUUGUUUGUCAUGGGAGAGUUUGGAGCAAAUGACUACAGGAGCUUCCUUCUGUCCAACAGGACUGUGGAACAAGCCACAGCUUAUGUUCCCCAAAUCGUUGACAGCGUCUCCCAAGGCGUAGAGGUACUCUAUAUGCUGUGCACAGAAUAGAUGAAAAGUCCAUUCUUCCUUUAAUUCCCACAAUUUACUUCUCCCACAACAUGUUUUUUCUUUUGACUUCAUAUUCCUGAACACAAUACUUGUCUAUCUUAUCGCCUUAUUUUAUACUAGCUACAUGCUGGUUGCGUCGCCAUGACCAUAUCCAAAUCAGUUGGAAAUUUAUGUUCUUGAUUAUGUGGUUCUGGCCUGCAAAAAUUAGACAUUUUUUCAGCAUUCUAGAUGUCAAUGUCUUUCUCCACAAA